AUGUUACCUUUGAUCCAUUCUGAAAGGAGUAGGACUUUCUCCCCACCUCCCCUAGGAAAUUGGCUACUCCCUGUCUCUAAAGGGAAAGGUCUAUGUGUCUCCCACUAUGAUAGGGUACUGAGUGAGGUACUGGAGAUCAAGGCAGAUCAACAGAACUCCCCUUUCUUGCAUUUUCAAAGGGCCCUGGGACUUAAGAAGAUGGUGGACAGGUGGCGAAAUUCACACACUCAGUGUCUGUGGCAGAUGACGUUAAGCCAGAGGAGAAACCCAUAUGCCAUCCUAAGGAUGCAGGACACUAUGGUGCAGGAGUUGGCACUGGCCAACAAGCAAUUACUGAUGGUCCGUCAAGCUGCCCUGCACCAGCUGUUUGAAAAGGAGCAUCGGCAGUACCAACAGGAACUAAAUCAGAUGGGCAAAGCUUUUUAUGUGGAGAGACUCUAA